GUAAUAACUAUGUUUUUAUUAUUAUUUAUUACCCUAUAACAUACACACACGCUAUACCACGUUAAGUGCUUAUCGCCAAGUUGCCGAAACGCUUACAACUUUAAUUUACAGUUUACGAACUUAGAACAAUCAUUGUUCGACUACUAGAGAGUUUUCGACUUUUCAUCUUCAGUCUGAUUUCGUUAUUCUUCGCACGGUAAUAAUAAUAUUAAUCAUUUAAUUGUUUAUCGUCUCAACGUGGUAUCAACAACUAUCGUGAACCGGUCCGUGUCCAAUUUUCUACGGACUACUACUAAGCCUGAGCACCAUGAGCGAUUCAUUCUCCAACGGCUGUGAACAGGAAGCGUUGAAGUUCGCCAGUCACCUUUCGCCGACCAAGGGUGGAAUGCUCGCCCCGAGCCCGAUAGUGACCAGAAGGACGAGAACUGAUUCUACGUCUGCUCUAGCUCUCAAGAAUCCAUUGUUAUCUGGAAAGGUCAAAUAUUUUUGUAAAUCUAAAGGACACGGCUUUAUCACUCCAGACAAUGGUGAUCCAGACACAUUUGUACAUAUAUCAGAUAUUGAAGGAGAAUAUGUUCCGUUACCUGGUGAUCAAGUACAUUAUCGCUUAUGCCCUAUUCCUCCUAAACUAGAAAAGUUCCAAGCUGUACAUGUGGAAAUCGUUAAUUUAACACCUCAAGUACAUUUAAAAUGGGAUUCGCCAGAAAACAAUUAAAUACAUUAUAAAAUCGUA